AUGCCCUUUCACAUUCCUCGGCACCAGCACCACCUCUCCGACCCUCACAACGGCCACGGCCACGACAACUACUAUAGUGCCGCCAAUGCCAUCUACUCCGCUGGCCAAACCCUGAGCUCUGUUGGCGCGCCAAACACUCAGUGGAACGAACCGGGUCAGAACCACUCGCUCACAACGGCUACCGAAAAUAGAUCCUAUCGACCCCGACCUGACACCAACGGCAAUGGCAAUGGCAAUGGCACCGUGAUUCCCUAUCGUCCUGGCCCGAGUAGUGCGUAUCCUGGGGGGCAGCCGUCUGGGCCUGUGGACUCACAGCCUGGCCAAUAUCAACAUCAAGCUGGCCUGGCACGGUCUCUGAGCCAACAUAACCAGCAAGGAACCGCCAUGAGCGACGUCCAUCACUAUGGCGCACCGCCGGCCUACGGUGGUGAAGGCCUCUCCAUCAAAAUCGACCCCUCGACACCUCAGCAUCCCAACAGCGUCGCCAGCAAUCCCAUCCCUGGGACAUUGCAACCUGGUCUCUCGGCCAGACCUCCUACUCUCGGCGCUAGCAACACUGCGCCGACACUUCCUACCCUGCCUCAGAUUUCGACCCAGAUGCAACAGACUCCGCUGUCUGCAAGACCAAUGCUCAGUCACACACACAGCUAUUCAAGAUCAAGUCCCGGCGCAAUGGACCAACCAAAAUACAAACCCUUCUCGAAUACCCCCGAACAACCCAAAUACUCCUCUGCGUCCAACGCUUAUAUACCGCACACUCCUUUAGGGCCCUCGUCCUACUCGCCCUUGGGCCUGGCAGAUAUCAGGUCUCGAACGGACCCAGGGUUGCCCGAGCUCCCUAUGAGCCCCAAUGUGGUGCAGGAGGACGACGUUAGACAAUACCCGCAGAACAGCAAUUACACUGCACCUUGGCCUAUAUACGCAGUGGAUUGGUGCAAAUGGCCUCAGCGGUCUAACAAUGGUUCCGCUGGAAAAGUCGCGAUUGGCAGUUAUCUGGAAGACAAUCACAACCAUAUUCAAAUAUUAGACACCCAGAGGUCACAAAUAGACCCGGACUACCCCCAUGGAGAGCUAGGGUUGGAGUUUGUCAAGACAGCAGAAGCUACACACGCAUAUCCUGUGACGAGGAUACUAUGGGAGCCGCCCUCAUCGAAUAAACAGACGACGGACUUAUUGGCAACUUCCGGCGACCACCUACGCUUAUGGUCGCUGCCAAAUGAACAACUUUCAUAUGCAUCAAACUCCAUCACUCGCCCGGCAAACGCAAAAUCCCCUCCUUUGGCCAAGCUGGCCCCGCUGGCUCUGUUGUCAAACUCGAAGUCGCCAGAACAUACAGCCCCGAUCACGUCGUUGGAUUGGAACGUCGUCCAGCCCUCACUGAUUAUCACCUCUUCUAUCGACACGACGUGCACGAUCUGGGACAUUCCUACCUUGACGGCUAAGACGCAACUCAUUGCGCACGAUAAAGAAGUGUACGAUGUUCGAUUUUGCGCCAAUAGUGUUGACGUCUUCGUUUCGUGUGGUGCCGAUGGGAGUGUUAGAAUGUUCGACCUGAGGAGUCUCGAGCAUAGCACGAUCAUUUAUGAACCGUCAGACAAGCAACAGGACAAGAAUUCACAACUCUCGGAUCCUCUAUCCACCUCACCUACGCGCACUUCGGGCGCUGGUGUGCAACCCCUUGCUUUCCCUCCUCCACUGCUCCGCAUCUCUGCCUCGCCGCACGAUGCGCACCUCCUCGCGACCUUUUCUCAGGACUCUCACAUCAUCCGCGUACUCGACGUACGGCAACCAGGGCAGGCUCUCCUCGAACUCAAAGGACACGCUGCGCCAGUCAACUGCAUCGAUUGGAGUCACACGCAGCGUGGUGUGCUAGCGUCCGGCGCCGAUGACUGUUGUGUGUUGCUCUGGGAUCUCAUGGGCUCGACCGGCAAUCCUCCCGCAGCUGGAGGAGGCGCGGCCGGCCUUGGUUCGACUCAGGAGAGAGGGCCGUCUGCCGUUUGGGACUGCGCGUAUGAAGUAAGCAAUUUAAGCUGGGCGCCAACCAUGGGCACCCUAGGCAUUUGUGGUGGGAAGGGGUUUUGGGGUGUGCAAUUAUGA